UGUGUGGCCGACGCCAUUCCCAACGCCACGAUUCGCUGGUGGUUCCGCGGCCAGGAUCUCGCGCUCCAAACCAACCUCUACCAAAUAGAGCCCAACUCAGCGGGCGAAUCGCGUCUUCACGUGCAUCCGCGCGCCGGUUCCGCGCAGAGAGACAUUUUCGGCGCCUAUCGGUGCGAAGCGUUCAACAGUUUGGGCGCCAAUGACGUCAUCAUUCAGCUCGAAGAGGCCUUUCGCCCGGGCGCAAUAAUGCAAACGCUUCACGAGACCAUCACUCCCACCACAAUCACCUUCCGCCUGAUGGCGCCCUCUUUCGACGGCGGCGUGAGUUUCUCUCGGUUUUAUUCCCGCUCUCACUUCCGCUCUUCUUCUUCCGCAGCUUCCGGUGACGAAGAUUCGCGCGCAAUACAGGGAGGAGCGCGAGUCGGAGCUGGAGCGGCGCGAGUGGCCAUUGGACAGACACUCUGAGCUCUACUUCGUGGACCGCUUGUUUCCCAACACCCGAUAUUUGUUUCGUUUCGCCGCAGAAAACAUCGUCGGAAUCGGUCUCUAGUCGCUGUCGACCUCUAG